UCGAUGACGAUUUCCGUUCGUUUUCCAAGAUGGCUGCCCACGUUUAUAAACAUGCGAUCUAACUUGGUCGCUGUCGGUGUUGGAAUGAAAUAGCUUUAUAGCAUUCAUUCAUCUCACUGAUUCGUGUAACAUUUGAUAUUUAGAGACCUACUUUCAGUGUUGAACGGUUGACAGUUUAGAGAUCAGUUUGCGGUUUAUUAUCGAGCUAGAAAGUGUUACAUUAGCGUGCUAACGUUAGCCUGGCAGCGGAGAGCCAUGCCAGCACAGACUCUAUUCAUCGGUUCUCUGCCAGCUUCGGCUUCAAAUGAACGCCUUGAGGAGAUAUUCUCUGAGAUUGGUCCUUUAAAGCAAUGCUUCGUGGUCAGAGAGAAAGGCUCAGAAAAAUGUCGGGGUUUUGGCUAUGUCACAUACUCCAUGGAGGAGGAUGCACAGCGAGCCUUGAAAGAAAUAAAAGAAUAUGACGGACAGAAGCUUUCUGUGACAGUGGCAAAGAAGAAAAUAAAAGACAAAAAGAAAACAGCACCGAAAGAGCCAGCACCAGAAUCAGCACCAGCUCCAGCGCCAAGUAGAAGUGAGGAGAAAUCCAAAGGCUUCAGGAAAAACAGUCUGAAAGCGAGACUCAUCAUAAGGAAUCUCAGUUUUAAGUGCUCAGAGGAGGAUCUGAAGCAAGUUUUUGCCAAGUUUGGAACAGUUCUUGAGGGCAAAAUCCCCCUUAAACCUGAUGGGAAGAUGCGCGGGUUUGCAUUUGUCCAAUUUAAAAAUGUGUCUGAGGCAGCGAAAGCGCUUAAUGCUAUGAACCUGAAAGAGAUUAAAGGUCGGCAGGUAGCAGUUGACUGGGCUGUGCCUAAGGACAAGUUUGUUGCCACACACCCAACUUCCAGUGCAGGAAAUAAGAAGACAGAGGAAGCAGCUGCAAAAAAGUCGGACACAGAGAGUGACAGUGAAGACGAGGAUGAAGAAAAGGACCAAACAGCUCCUGAGAAGAUGAAGGUCAGUUCAAAAGCAGCUGUGCAGCAGGUGGAGGAAUCACAAUCAGAUGAUGAAGAAGAACAAGACAGUGAGGAGGAAGAGGAGGAGGAGGAUGAUGAUGAUGAUGAUGAUGAUGGUGAUGUAUCCCAGGAGGGAGAAGACGAUAAGAGUAGCCUUGGUUCACAUAAUGAUCAAGAUGAGAGUGAGGACGAAGAGGAAGAUGAUGAGGAUGACGAAGAAGAUGAAUCAGCUCAAAAGAAAACCACAAGGAAACUUCUACCUUCAGAUGUGAAUGAAGGCAGAACACUUUUCAUCAGGAACCUGUCCUUUGACACGGAGGAAGAAGGCCUUGAGGAAGUUCUUCUACAGUACGGAGAACUUAACUACAUUAAGAUUGUUCUCCAUCCAGACACAGAACAUUCAAAAGGUUGUGCGUUUGCUCAGUUUAAGACUAAAGAGGCUGCAGACAGAUGCAUGGCUGCAGCACAGGAUGAAGCAGAGAACGGAGGCAUCCGUGUAGAUGGUAGAAAGCUGUUGAUUGCAGUGGCAGUGACCAGAGAGGAUGCUGCCAAGCUGAAGGUCAACAAAGUGAAAGUAGAAACAGGCACCAGGAAUAUGUACCUGGCCAGAGAGGGAUUGAUCCGUGCUGGAACCAAAGCUGCAGAGGGUGUGUCUGAGGCAGACAUGAUCAAGAGAACCAGAUUUGAAGAAGUAAAGAAGGCAAAGCUUCGGGACAUCAAAGUUUUUGUGUCGAAGACUCGUCUCUGUGUUCAUAAUCUGCCCAAGUCAGUGGACAAUAAAAAACUCAAAGCACUUUGCCUUCAAGCAGUAAAAGGAAGUCAGAGAGUCCGCAUCACAGAGUGUAGGGUCAUGUAUGACAAGAAGCCAGAGAGGGGUCAGGUGAUGGGACAAUCACUUGGUUAUGGCUUUGUCCAGUUCCAGGACCACGAACAUGCUCUCAGUACGCUUCGUUACCUCAACAACAACCCCGACAUCUUUGGCUCACACAAGAGACCUAUUGUCGAGUUCUCCCUGGAGGAUUCAAGGAAACUCAAAAUAAAAGAAAUCCGACAACAAAAAAACAAGGAGUUUUUCAGAAAACAGCCUUUAAAAGGUGGAGUGAAACCUCAUUCCCAAAAAACACAGUCUUCAUCAGAGCUGACAGGAGAGCGAGCUCCUCAUCAAAACCAGAGACAAAACAGACACGUCGGCUUCCAGACCAACCCUGAGGUGGAGCAUGUAGAUUUGGGAGACGGAAAGAAACGGAAGAAGGUUCUACCUUUCGCCUCACACCGAGGACCUAAAAUCAGAAUGCGUGACAAAGGAAAACAACAGGCCCCACCACCAAAGAAAGCAAGGCCUGGAUCCAGCAGAAAGGAACGUCAAAGAUGGCAGAUGGAAAAACCCACACAACCCAGAAACCAGAAGGUUAAAACAGCAAAGAAGCAUUUCAGGAGCAGGGAUGGGGACCGUUUUGACAGCCUGGUGGAGCAGUACAAGAGGAAACUGAUUGGUAACAGUGGAGCGAGCACCACCAUCAAGAGAAACAAGUGGUUUGAUAGUUAAUUCUGUGUGUGUGUGUGUGUGUGUGUGUGUGCGUGCGUGCAUGUGUGUGUGAGAGAGAGUGAGAGUGAGAGGGAGAGUCUUACAUCUUUACAGCUACAACAGCAGAGUUUCUCUAUAUUUGAAAUCCUGAAGUGUUACAAUAAAUUCCAUGAUUCUCAUAAACGAGUUUGGUGUCAGAUUGUACAGUAUAUGAUGCCCAUGUGUUUAACGUCCUUCAUCCUGCUCUGACAUUGUGUAAUUUGUUCCCAAUUUGCUACAUUGUGUUGUUUCUGUUUAUGAUCUGUUUUUUCCCUCCACUGAAAGAAACUGAAUCAUGUAAGGGUGGCUUUUUCAUGUAAAUGGAUUUUUUAUGAAAAUAUAUUAAAACACCUGACUUUGUGCUUUA